ACAUAUACUGUAUACAAUGUCGGCGUGUAUUAGCAGAUAUAAGUAACACUUUGCUCAGAGCAUAAGACUCAUGAAUCAGGAGGAAGAUAUGAACAAUAUUAAAGCUCCAGAGACAGAUGUGAGCGGUGAUGAGCAGUAUAAGGAGGACAUUCCUACAGGGAAAGAUCGGAUCUAUAUUAAAGCUCCAGACAUAAAAGAAGAAGAAGAAGAGACAAAUGGGAGGGAUGAUGAGCAGUAUAAGGAGGACAUCACUACAGGGAAAGAUCUGAUCUAUAUUAAUGCUCCAGACAUAAAGGAAGAAGAUGAAGAGACAGAUGUGAGCGGUGAUGAGCAGUAUAAAGAGGACAUUCCUACAGGGAAAGAUCUAAUCUAUAUUAAUGCUACAGACAUAAAGGAAGAAGAAGAAGAGACAGAUGUGAGCAGUGAUAAGCAGUAUAAGGAGGACAUUCCUACAGGGAAAGAUCUGAUCUAUAUUAAUGCUACAGACAUAAAGGAAGAAGAAGAGACGGAUAUGAGCGGUUAUGAGCAGUAUAAGGAGGAUAUUCCUACAGGGAAAGAUCUGAUCUAUGUUAAUACUACAGACAUAAAGGAAGAAGAAGAGACAGAUGUGAGCAGUGAUAAGCAGUAUAUGGAGGACAUUCCUACAGGUAACCAUCCAGGUGACUGUACCAGGAGAUCAGAGGAGAAUCUUAUAUCUUCAUAUUAUAAAGCAGAUGAUGAUAUCACACAAGAUACAUAUGAAGAACAUUCCAUUAUCCCAGAUACACCCUCCGCUCUUCACAGCCAAGGUCUGUCAUCUUAUCUUUUAAAAGCAGUCCUAUCAUCUGAUUCAUCACAGCAAAAUAUGAGGAAGCCAUUUUCGUGUGCUGAAUGUAAAAAAUUUUAUAUUCAGAAAUCAGAUCUUGUAAACCAUCAAAGAAUGCACUCAGGAGAAAAGCCAUUUUCAUGUUCAGAUUGUGGAAAAUGUUUUAUUCAGAAAUAUGAUCUUGUUAAACAUAAAAGAACUCACACAGGAGAGAAGCCAUUUUCAUGUUCAGAAUGUGAAAAAUGUUUUUCUAAUAAAUCAAAUCUUAUUCAACAUCAAAAAAUUCACACAGGAGAGAAGCCAUUUUCAUGUUCAGAAUGUGGAAGAUGUUUUAUUCAGAAAUAUGAUCUUGUUAAACAUAAAAGAACUCACACAGGAGAGAAGCCAUUUUCAUGUUCAGAAUGUGAAAAAUGUUUUUCUAAUAAAUCAAAUCUUAUUCAACAUCAAAAAAUUCACACAGGAUUGAAGCCAUUUUCAUGUUCAGAAUGUGGGAAAUGUUUUACUGACAAACAACAUCUUGGUCAACAUCAAAAAAUUCACACAGGAGAGAAGCCAUUUUCAUGUUCAGAAUGUGGGAGGUGUUUUAUUCAGAAAUAUGAUCUUGUUAAACAUCAAAGAACUCACACAGGAGAGAAGCCAUUUGCAUGUUCAGAAUGUGGAAAAUGUUUUUCUAAUAAAUCAAAUCUUAUUCAACAUCAAAAAAUUCACACAGAAGCAAAGCCAUUUUCAAGUUCAGAAUGUGGAAAACUUUUUACUCUGAAAUCUGUUCUUGUCAAGCAUCAAAAAAUGCACACAGGUGAGAAACCAUUUUCAUGUUUAGAAUGUGGGAAAUGUUUUACUCUAAAAUCACAUCUUGGUAAACAUCAAAUAACACACACAGGAAAGAAGCCAUUUUCAUGUUCAGAAUGUGGGAAUUUUUUUAUUAAGAAAUCAAGUCUUGUUCAACAUCAAAAAAUUCACACAGGAGAGAAGCUAUAUUUAUGUUCAGAAUGUGGGAAAUGUUUUAUUCAGAAAUCAAGUCUUGUUCAACAUAAAAAAAUUCACACUGGAGAGAAGCUAUUUUCAUGUUCAGAAUGUGGGAAAUGUUUUAUUCGUAAAUCAAGUCUUGUUCAACAUCAAAAAAUUCACACAGGAGAGAAGCCAUUUUCAUGUUCAGAAUGUGGGAAAUGUUUUAUUCAGAAAUCAAGUCUUGUUGAACAUCAAAGAUUUCACACAGGCGAGAAGCCAUUUUCAUGUUCAGAAUGUGGGAAAUGCUUUACUCAUCAGUCAAGUCUUUAUAAGCAUAAAAGAAUUCACACAGGAGAGAAGACAAUUCAGUGCAACAAAUGAAGCAGAUAACACAUCUAUAUAUCAACCAUGUACAUAGGAUAUGUGACAUUUAUACAUAUAUCAUAUACUGCAUCUCCAAACUUGUUCCCAAUUAUUAAUAAAAGUUUUCUUUUAGAACGUAGUCACCGAUCCAGCGAUGUCAUCACUAUAGUUUACAUGGUAGGAAAAGAGUGUGAUAUAUGGUUGUGAUAUUCACUGCUCCUCAUGGAGAAGACCCAACAGGCAUAAUCCAUGGGGAGCUGCUACUGGAGACCCAAACACCUCAGAGAGAAGGGACUUAUUCCAGUGAUGAAGAAUUCCAGGACAUGACCAGAUUAGAGACACAAAAUCACUUCUAUCUUCUGGCUUCUAGGACAUUAUUCUGAUGGAAGAACUUUACACAUUAUAAAAAGUCCUAUAGGUGUUGGGGAACAUUUAUAGACAAUUGUUGGCCCCGGCUGUCAUGGCGUACCAUAGAAGAUGAAUGAAUAUCGCUCCAUAGUGUAUAAUAUCCAAGAAAGAAUAAAUACAAUAUCUCUUACCACAGGUAGUUGUGCAUUGUACACAGGGGCGUAGGAACCCUUACAAAUCUGGGGGGGACAGCAUUUAAGUGGGUGUGGCAAUGUGAGGGUG